UAGGUUUAGUAUCAGUUGCCGCGUCGACCGAGUAAGGAGUGCCGGAGAGAGAUCCAACAAACUACAGAUUUUGUCAGGAGAUUUGCUGAUUUUUUUAAUAAAUAAAAUAAAUCCAAGAAGGAGAAGCAUCACCUAUACUAUGCAGGUGCAGUCCUUGGAACCUUUGGGACUGGAUGUCUUGCGUUUACCGGGAGUAUUAGUAGAUAAUUGUUCGAAAGAUUUCUCUAUUUCCUGGGAUAACAGCAGUAAUAUUCCCGUAAAUUUUGCUACCAUUAAAGCUGAUGAUCUUACUAUGAACGUGGCCGCUUCAGACCAAACCUCAGUGAAGCCAGACACAGAAUUUAACCCAUUCUUGUCAAAUGACAAGGUAAGUUACACAAGCUUGGCCUUUCUCAUGGCCAGCCAAAAUGACACUGACAUCAUCGAUGGGACAGAGGUUAGCUCCUGUUCAUCCUUCUCCUCGCCAAUGUCUACUACAUACUCGAGUGAACCUCCAAGUCCAUUUAGCAUGGACAGUUCCAGUAUCGCAUCAUCUCCAAUGACUGAUGACACAAGCCAUCUGUGUUUUGACGAAGACACACUUGCAUCACUGUUGGAGGAAGACGCUAACAACAAUGACCCAGGCUUUUUUGAAGAGGAGUCUAAAACAAAAGUACAAAGGACUUCCUUUGCACACUUAUCUCCAAGCUCUGUGUCCAAUGUAUCAGGCAGUCCAGUGGACGGGUUCGACUUUGGACUUGCGGUGUCUAGCCCCAGUUUCAUGUGUACGAACUUUGUGGCUUCAUCUGUAAAGAGCAACUCUCCCGUAACGAGUGAAAGACCAGACACAAGCAGCUCAAAACAAUCAUCGCAACGUAAAUCUUCAAAAGCAGCCACAAGAAAACCGCCCAGCUUAAACCUUAACUUUGCAAGUUGUGAUGACAGUGUGGAAGUGUCCAUAUUGGUUCAGCCAGAGAAACAUCAUAGAGCGAGAUAUCUUACAGAGGGUAGCAGAGGGAGUGUCAAAGAUGAGACACAACAGUCGUUUCCCACCGUAAAGCUGAGUGGUUUGGCUGACAAAAACAACAAUGUGACGUUACAUGUGUACGUAGCAUCCGACCAAGGAAAGAUCAAACCACAUGGCUACUACCAGGCAUGCAAAGUAACUGGCAGAAAUACAACACCAUGCAAAGAGAUCGAUGUUGAUGGAACCACCGUCAUUGAGAUACCGUGGGAAACGGCCGACAAAAUGGAAAUGAGCAUUGACUGCGUGGGAAUUCUCAAGCUUAGGAAUGCUGAUGUUGAACAGAGGAUUGGACUUGCGAGAUCUAAGAGGAAGAGUACUACUGUACGUCUUGUAUUCAGAGUCUUCAUCGAGAAACAAGAUGGCUCCAUGCUCACAUUGCAACAAAUUUCAUCACCGAUCUGUUGCACCCAACCACUCGGCCAUCCAGAGAUAGUAAAAAAGAGCCUGACCUCAUGCUCAGUCAAGGGCGAGGAGGAACUUUUCAUCAUCGGCAAGAACUUCAUUGCCAAGCACACAAAAGUGAGGUUACAAGAACUCUGCCCACUUGGGAAGGUCCUUUGGGAAGGCAACUGUGAGAUUGACAGAGCCCUCUUCCACAAUACACACAUUGUGUGUAGAAUACCACCGUAUAAGUCGCAAGACAUUGACCGACCGAAGGAAGUGUAUCUGGUUGUUAGUAGUGGGCCUAACAAAGCCAGUGAGCUAUACGCUCAUCCAAUCAACUAUAUGCCAUCAAGUGAAACUGACAGGAAGCCAGAUAGUAUAUCUGCACAUUCACUCCUGAGCAAUACAAAUGUUCCCAGUAUCCUUGAAUCUCGUGAGGCUGUCUUGUCUACCAUGGAGAAAAUGCCCUCUAAACCACAGGAAGUAACGCCACCUUGCAAGAUGGAAAGACAGCAGACGAGUUUUGCUGACACGUUAAGGGCAGCUGCUCAACUUGAGCUGAAUCACCCGGGUCUUCUUGCCAAGCUAGCUCUCCAUGAACCCAAUGCAUCCACUGUACUUGGUUUUUUAUCUGAACUGACCAAGACUGGAGCUUCAAUUGCUGAUCAAAGUGUAUUGCAAGAGCUAGAUGAGUCGGCCAUAGAUGGCGUUGUACAGACAAAUAAUGAUGUGGUAACUGGUAACAUUGAGGAAAGUGUGUUUGUUGUAGAGGAAGAUGCAUUCCAGGAUCUACCCGUUGAAGAUGUUAACUUCCUUCUUAACUAUUGGUGUGAUGCGUCCAAACUACCUCAACCAAGUGAUAAUGCCAAUGACAUGACAUUGAAUGAUGUAUCGAGCUUGUUAUCACUUUAGUGUACAUGGUGGAGACAAUGAACAGCUGGAUGCUACGACUGAUCUGGAGCUAUUCUGAAGGAAAAGAAUCCCACUGUACAUAAUGUAUAUCAUACACAUGUAAAUACAAGUGUAUAUUUUUCUUGUUUAAUAGAAGAUUUUGUACAGAGUAAAAUUAACCUUGAACAUCACAACAAAUAUCGUUUUGAAAUCAUUUCUAACUUGCAGUCAGAUGACAUCACUACAACUCCGUGCACAAAACUUAAAAGAUUGGCUUGACAGUGUCAGAAUAUUUCGUUCUCGAGUUCAAAUUUUUGAUGUAUUUUCUGGCACAAAAUGCUUUUGUAAUUAAUACGCUAUAUUGAAAGUAAACCACGUGAAUCCAAAGGCGCUGUAUAAAAUAAAUGCAACAGAGACAUAUAAUUUUUUUUGAAACCGUUUCUUUUUUUUUAGACAAAUAAAUAACUUAUUUAUUUAACCAAGACAAGCUUUUGUAUUGAAUGGAUUUUUGUACUGCUAGUGUUUACUAAACGUAAAAACUAAACUUGUUUUGAGAAGCGUGACGCAGAGAUAACCCUUUGUGUUGCGUGGGUAAAGAAGGACAAUUUCCAUGUAAUCAUAUUCAGAGGAAGACACUUGCAAGUACUCAAAUGUUUACUUAAAAUUUGUGAGUUUUUUGUGUGACUAAACAUUGAAAAUGUGGGAGAUUUUCUUUCAAAAUGUACUAUCAAAAGGCAUUUGUUUUUAGAUUGUAAGAAUCCAUCAAGUUAAAUGGUUGAACUGCCGUACUUGCUUUGUUCCACUAAACAAGUUUGGUUUAACCAUGACAUCCAAUGUCUCUUGCCACUGUUGUUAAUAACAGCAUCUUGUGUUCAUGCUUUAUGUUUCCAGUACAGAAACCCUUUACUUUGCUUUGUGUUCUCUUCCAUUCAUUCAUCGUUAUAUUUGAAGUUUGUUGUGAUUGAUUACCCAUUCUGUUUGUAUGGUUUAUCCAACGAUUUAAAAUCAUUGUCCGUCCCUCAAGCUCUAUCAAACUAAAGCAAUUAUAUCAGUUUUCCAUUUGAUUUAGUUAAUCAUUCAUGCCAUACCUUUCUUGUAAAUGACAUUGUUAAAACACAGAGCCAAGUAAAAUACUGAAUAAUAUUAUAUUGUUAUACCCAAAAUCAACAUCGCUUUUUGUUUAUAUGGUGAUUUAUUAAUCGCAAGCUGAAGUAAGCUUGCUUAUCUUCAAAUCAUUAGCUGAAUGUACUUACAGAGAUAAUUGAGAAUCAUAUUUUCAGAGCCUUGGAGUUUGAUUCAUCCAGAUUGGGGGACAACAAUCUGAACAAGUAUUGUGUUCAAUGCCGUUUACUUUGCCCUCAUUUCUGAGCUCAAUAUAAUAUACAACAGGGUAUUGUAAAACCUAAUAUUUUGAAAUCUGAUUUAAAAUUUAAACAAAAAAUGCUCAAAAUAAUUUGGAGGCUGUAUACAAGGUUUUCAAAUUUUCAACCCUCCGAUCUCUACCUAUGAUAUCAAGUUGAUACCUUCCCCAUUGGCGAUAAAACAUUAGGAAGUUAUUGACUGGUGAACUAGCUACAAAAAGUUCACAAAAAAUAACCCAUGAUUAUUAUAAUCCCAAAUAGUUCUGUAUAAUCUUGUUUCGAAACCUAACAAAAAUCUUAUCACCCAAAAUUAUUAUCUGUGUGCUUGUUUGUAUCGAGCUGUAAUAACUGCGUUGAUAUCAGUUGAAUAAAUGAAGUAUUGAACCAAAUAAACUUGA